AUGGCGUCGGCGGGCCGCUGGGCGUGGAUGGCGGAGGUGGCGGGCGAGGAGCUGGCGAAGCUGGAGGCGGCGCACCCGGGCCGCUUCGGCCCGCUCAAGGCCGAGCUCGAACGCCUCGUCGCCGACCCCGGCUUGGACGAGGCAGCGUUCCCGCUCGUCUCACCGCGCGCCGUCACCGAAGCCGCCGGUACCACUCCGGCCGCCUCUUCGUCCCUGCUUGCUGCUGCUCCUUCGCGCACGGUGCCCGUGUGCACUCAAGGUUCGUCCUCCACGUGCCUCCGCCGCUCUAUGCCAUGUCACUUCUGUCCCGUCCCGUGCCACGGUGCCAGUGCAUGA